AUGUGUGGCUCUUUUCCAAGCUGCGUGUAUUUCCUUGUUUCUAUAGAAACUUUGGAAAAAUACAGGCAGAGCGAGUGCGUCAGACACCCAUCAACAUGUUUCAUUCUGGGUUGUGUAGUUCUUUGUGUACCCGAUGGCUCUCCGUGUACAGGAGGUAGAAAUACAAGGCCCAUAAUCCUCAGCGACUGUUUCGAAUUACACAUUUGAUAGGGAGAAGUCAAAGUUCUGGUUCUCUUCCUUGUACUGUGUGCAUUUCUGAAAUGUACAGUAACUUUUCGAUAUGGAAUACGAAUCAGAAGCUGAGAAUAUUUCCAGGACAUUAAUGUACCACGUGGACCGACCUGUAUAUAAUGAGGGGUGCAUCGAAACAGAGCUGCUGCAUAGGAAACAAAAGAAAACCCAGACAAUAAAGCAAAAGUUAUCUCAGAGUCUUCGCUGUUCUUCCAAGAAAUUGCAGUCAGCUGUGUACAGUUUCUUACCGAUUCUGACAUGGUUACCCUCGUAUCCAGUAAAGAAAUAUUUGUUGGGAGAUAUUAUUUCUGGUUUGAGUACUGGAGUAAUGCAACUACCUCAAGGUUUAGCUUAUGCAAUGCUGGCAGCUGUGCCACCUGUCUAUGGCCUUUAUUCAUCUUUCUAUCCAGUCCUACUGUACACUUUCUUUGGAACCUCAAGACACGUAUCUAUAGGCACUUUUGCAGUGAUAAGCCUCAUGAUCGGUGGAAUUGUGGUUCGGGAAGUACCUGAUUCAAUGUUUGACAUUACAACAGUUAAUGGAACCAAUAACACAGACAAUCAACUGGCACGGGAUGCCAUGAGAGUAAAGGUAGCGGUGGCUGUUACUUUCCUUACAGGAAUCAUUCAGUUUUGCUUGGGUCUUCUUCGGUUUGGCUUUGUUGCCAUCUACCUGACAGAGCCCCUGGUCCGAGGGUUCACAACAGCAGCUGCCGUGCAUGUGGUGGUGUCACAGCUAAAGUACCUCUUCGGGAUAGAAACAAAACGUUACAGCGGGCCUUUAUCAGUCAUAUAUAGCUUCAUCGCAGUAGUUUCGAAAAUUACAACAACCAAUACUACAGCAAUAACUGUUGCAUUAAUUUGUAUUGUGUUUCUGGUGGGGGUAAAAGAAAUCAACGAACGCUUUAAAAAGAAGCUGCCAGUUCCAAUACCUGGGGAGAUCAUUGUGGUGAUCAUUUCAACUGGUGUCUCAUAUGGGAUGAAACUCCAUGAGAACUAUAGGGUAGAUGUUGUUGGAGAAAUACCUGUUGGGCUCCUUCCUCCUGUUGUUCCAGAUUUCAGCAUAUUUGCUGCCGUAAUAACAGAUUCCUUCGCCAUUGCAAUUGUUAGCUUUUCUAUGGCUGCAUCAAUGUCCAAAAUCUUUGCUCUUAAACAUGGCUACACUGUUAAUGGCAAUCAGGAGCUGAUCGCUUUAGGCUUGUGUAAUUUUUCAGGAUCGUUUUUCCAGACAUUUGCCGUCACCUGCUCAAUGUCCCGUAGCCUUGUCCAGGAGAGCACAGGAGGGAAAACUCAGAUUGCAGGUUUAUUGGCCUCCGUUGUGGUUCUCCUAGUUAUUGUGGCUUUCGGUUUUGUCUUUGAAACAUUACCUCAGACGGUUCUGGCGGCGAUUAUUAUGGUGAAUUUGAUAGGGAUGUUUAAACAGUUCAGAGACAUCCCUUUGCUCUGGAUAACCAGCAGGAUUGAACUUGCAAUAUGGUUUGUGGCUUUUGUUGCAUCUGUUCUCCUGGGAUUAGAUUAUGGACUGCUUGUGGCUGUUGCAUUUGCAAUCAUCUCUGUUAUUUACAGAACUCAAAGUCCAAAAUAUACAAUUCUUGGCCAGAUCCCAAAGACUGAUUUAUACUGUGAUACUGAAGAGUACGAGGAGGUAAUGGAGCUUUCUGGUAUUAAAAUAUUCCAAGCAAAUAGCCCGCUGUACUUUGCCAAUAGUGAACUUUAUGUUAAUGCCCUCAAAAAAAAGACAGGAGUGGAUCCUGUUGCGUUACUAGCAGUGAAGAAAAAAGGUCAGAAGAAACAAGAAAAGGCAAAAAAUCAAACAAAGACAACUAAUAAGAAAAUAAACUCGGUUGUUAAACUUACCAACGGUCAGGAGAUGGGUGUUAAACAUGAGCUUAUGGACGGAGAGACUCACACAGACUUAGUCAGGAAUGGUCAGUUUGUAACUGCUAACGGAGAUGGAGAGGCAGACUGCGAGCAAUCCUUGAGCUUUUUGGACCGGCUGACGGGUGUUCACUCUAUUAUUUUAGACUUCACUCCUGUCACCUUUAUAGAUUCCGUUGGAGCAAAGGCACUUAAAUCUAUCAUGAAAGAAUAUGAUGAAAUUGGAGUUACAGUGAUUGUAGGAGCAUGCAGCAGAGCUGUAAUGGAGGAUCUCAGCAAACUUGAUUUCUUUGAUGGUUCCAUCACCAGAGACCUUGUCUUCCCAAGUGUUCAUGAUGCUGUGCUGUACUGCCAGUAUAAAGGACCUGUCGACCCCUUGGAGUAACUAAGAUGGUGAAAUGGAACUACGCUCUGCAUCUAGUGCGACAAUAAGACAAGAGAUUUGUUAAUCUGUUUAAGUGCAAUUUAAUUUUUAUUAGGUUUUGGAAAAUAUAUCUACUUUUUUUUUUUUAAAUCAAGGUAAUUUAAUGUACUUAACA